AUGGAUCUGGAAGAACUGUCGAACUUUUGGGCAAGGUUUCAGAUUGCCUUUUCAUGGGAUUACCCCGAAGGACUUGAUGUACAGACUGUACAAUCGGCGGUCUUUCACGUAGUAGGCGAUGGCGAAACCAGGUAAGCUGUUUAUCAUUGACGAACCUAUUUUGUAUACUUAUUAAUGUCGUUAACGUUUAAAUCAUGUGAAUUUUGUAACGGCAACGAAGGUUAAUCGUCUCAGUUUGAAUCAAGGUCUCGUUAUAUUGAGAUCGGUCGCUAAAUUAGUAUGGGGCUUUUCAGAGCAUAUAUUGAUGUAUAAAAAAAUACCUAUUUCCUGUGGGGAGGAAAUUGUUCGCGCGAGAAUUUACUGCUUAUGUAGCGGGCCACAAAAACAGUUCAUUGAAUUAAUCCCUAGCGUGUUUAAAUAAACAUACUGUCACAAUGAGAGAUCGGUUUGUCUUCAAUAAAGCGCUUUGAGAUUUAGCUUCUCUCCCGUGUUAGUAGAUCGUAGAACGUCGUUCUUUAUUAUUUCCUUAUAGCAUUUUUCUCAUUCAAACCAAGGAACUAAUGUUUUGCAAGCAUCAGGGGGUCACAUAUAAUUUCUUCUUUCUUGUCACGCGAUUUCGCGAGAUAAUGGUCUUGCUAGCCUCAGAGUUUUUCCUAAAUGCCUCUUGGUAGAUUCACUAUAAGUGCUUUGACCAUUAAGUUUCCAGACAAACCCCUGUUCCAAUUAUCUGCUUGUCAAAUUCUCUUGCACAUGCACAUGUUAAUUUUACUGUUUGAAAUGAUAAUUAGGUUCCUAUUUUUAACUUUCUCAAAAUAAUUUGUUUCUGGUAUCAUUUUCAAAAUAUUCUAUAAAAUAAAAUGUAAUAGCUAGAUGGUCAUUUUUGUUAUGCAUGAGAUUUUCAUAUCCAUGAGUCUUGGUUGUAACUGAUGUCACAUUUUUUCCCAAACGAAUAUUUUUUGAGUAAAUGUUAUUCUCUGGAUACUUAGGUAAACAUCAACAAAAGCAUUUGUAAUGCCUUUUCAAUAAGCACAUUGUGUGUAUGUGUUCUCAUUAACUAGAUUCAUUUAUUAUGCAAAUAGUCACUUGUGAAAAGUCUUUGAUUUAUUAUUUUGAGUUAAUUUAUAGCAGGGUUGUCAGAAAUUUUUGAAGUAGUCGGCUGAUUUGUCAAAGUAAGCGGCCAGUCAAGAGAUAUUUUACUUAAAAAACACCGUCCACAAAGAAAUGCCAAGCAGAGUAGCCAGCCGAUUCUAACCAAGUAGGCAGCGAUUUUCACGGGCAGCUGGCUACUUUUGACAACCCUGAAUAGAGGUUGCCAAAUGAUAGUUUGGUUGAGCUGAGAAGGUUUUAUGAUUACAAAUUUCCAUUUUUAUAAAUUUGAAGCUUACAUAAAUAUUUAUGGCUAAUAAUUAUUAACAGAUGUAACAGGUAACUGAUUUGGAAAUCUUACAAUACUGCCCAAGAAAUAUGCUACAGGACAUUAUUAUGAUAUACAGUGGCAGUUGUGUGUCUUCAAAAUGGAUCUUGCAUAAUUUGGGCACCCUUUGGCGAACUAUUGGUCAACUCAAUACUUGGUUGACAUGACGGCCAACUCUCAGUCAACAUCCUAGCGGGGGUACUCCAGAUUUCAAGUAAUGGGGAUAAUCAAAUGGGGGCAAAAAUCACAACCCAAAAAUCCCUAGGGCUUUUAACAAAACCCCAAAAAAUCCCUGAACAAAAAUUAACCCUCAAAAAUUCCCAUGCUGAAUUUCUGAGCCUUAAAAUUUUUCAGAAAACAUUAAAAUAAUGAUGUAACACGAAAAGUAAAUUAGAAACUGAAUGUUUGUGUUUGCAGCUGGGAUACGCGGGCACUACCACAAAUUAAAUCUUUAGAUUGUUUUGAAUACACCAAAAAAUCCCUACUUAAAUCAAGCCACCCAAAAAAAUGCUUGCCAAAUGAGGGAAAUGCUUUUUCCACCCCCCCAAAAUUCCGGAAUCAAAAAUUUCAAACCCAAAUCAAAGAAAGACUUUUGUCAACUCGUGNUUUUAGGAAAUGAUAGAAAUUCAUAUUAUAAAUAUAAUAUCCUUGUUCUGAAAACACUGUUUUUUCUGUUUGUUGCACUUUAGUAACAGUUAUUUAAGUAUAUAUUUAAAAACAAACAAAAAAAAAACAGCAAAACAAAUAAGCAAACAAGACAAAACAAAAAAGAAAAAAAGGAAGAAGGGAAAAAGAAGGUCCUUACCAGGAUUUGAACCCAGUACCUUCGGUUUGACCCUACCUCACAUAGCCACUACGCCAUUGAGGAUGGUCACAAGUUUUGUUGAAAAGUCUCAAAUUUAAUGCCUUUUCCAUGGAACUUCCGCUGGCAAACAACCGAGCCAUAAAAACGACUCGAAGCAAUGGGAUGAAAUUAAGGCUAAUUGAAACCAGGCUACUGACAGUAAAGUAAAAAACAAUGUAAACGCAUUUCAUGGCAAUGAAAGAACAUGUGCGAUACAAAGCCGACACAACUCCUCCGCGAAG